UUCGCAGGAGCAACUUCGAAUUUUGCGGAUUUAAUCUAAAGAUCGUUCGAUUCAUGGACGCUGAAUUGGGCGUCUCCUCGUAUGUCUGGGAGGCUGGGGUUGCGCUUUGCCGGUACUUCGAAAAGGAAAACGUCAGUUUUACUGGGAAGAAAGUGAUUGAAUUGGGAUCAGGCACUGGAAUCGUGGGGAUCCUAGCAACCUUGCUAGGUGGAAAUGUUACCAUGACAGACCAACCAGCAAUUCUGAGGCAAAUAAACAACAACAUCUCCAUUAACGUCCCUUUUGCCUGCAGGCACCGUUUAAAAGUGUGUGCCCUGACCUGGGGUGAAGACCUAAUUAACUUUAAUACCGACUACGAUGUCGUCCUGGGGUCGGAUAUUGUCUAUUCUUCAUCUUCUUACACUGCACUUGUAGACACUCUGAGGCAUCUCUGCAGCCAACGAACAACGAUUUACCUGGCUUCCGAAUUUCGAAGUGGGAAUGGAUCUCUUUCUUUCCAUGAAGUGACCCUCCCUGGCUAUUUUAACUGCCAGGUUGUGGACAGAUUAGAGACUAAAUACAUAGCUGUCUACAAAAUGACCAAACUUGGUUCACUAGACUGUAAGAAAUAGGACAAGCCCGCACAUUGCUGCCGUUACCAUCAUCAAUAGCCUGGAAUAAAUCAAGCACAUCAUAGCUACAGGUUUUAAAACACAAAUUAGUCAUUGAAAGGAAGGUUUGAAUUUUAAAUGCUGUCCAGAGACAGUCAUGAAAUAAAACCAGGCAGGAUCGGCCUUCCACCAUUUCUGUUCCUGCCUUAGAAAAAUCUCGGUAAUUAAUGUUGAGAAUGUUUUCUUUAGCAUAGCAUGGAUUUUGUUUACGUGACAAACAGAUAAAAAGGAUCGUGAAGCAUAUUAACUUUGUUGUAUAUGUAAAUUCAAUUAAUAUAUGUACAUUG